CGCCCGUGCUGGUGCCGGUGAGUGGCCCGCUCAGCCCCAAGGGAGGUUAAGAGCCGGGUCUGUGUGUGGGGCUCCCAAGAGAUGUCACACGAGCUGCCCAGAACCACACACGGCCUGCGAGCGGCAGAGUCAGGGCUGGAACCCAGACCUGCUGCACCCAGUGCCUGAUGGCCACCCCCCUGUGUCUCCUGGGGCGGCAGGAAGUGGGUGAGGGCGUGGCACCCGGCCCGUGCACGCAGGCAGUUUCCGCAGACGGAAGGGGCAGGUCGAGACCUGCUGUGUCUGGGAUGAGGUCAGAAGGCGCCCGGUGACCAGCCCUCAGCUUGCAGGCCUGGAGAAUGGGCAGGGCAGUGACUAGCUUGCCAGGGUCACUGGGGCCGCACCAGAAGGGGAAACCAGCUUCCUGUGGCUUCAGAUCCACGCCGCGUCCACUUUACCGGCUACUUAAGAGGAGGUUGAGACCUCUGGACGCCUCCGCCUGGCCCCCCGUGCCUCAGUUUACCCCUGGCUGGAUGGCAUGAAGGCAGGCUGAUGUCCAGCGUCCCUCUGAGCAGUCACUCAAUUUCCGGCCGGCUGGGGGGGUCUAGACCUCUGGGAACAGCUGGUCCCGAUUUAGCAGGGAGGCAGCGGCUGCAUUCCUGGAAGUUUGCGCUCCUGUCCAAAUAUGACCCCCAGAAGGAGGCCGAGCUCCGUAGCUGGAUCGAGGGACUCACCGGCCUCUCGAUUGGGCCCGACUUCCAGAAGGGUCUCAAGGACGGCGUUAUCUUGUGCACACUCAUGAAUAAGCUUCAGCCGGGCUCUGUGCCCAAGAUCAACCGCUCCAUGCAGAACUGGCACCAGCUGGAAAACCUCUCGAACUUCAUCAAGGCCAUGGUCAGCUACGGCAUGAACCCUGUGGACCUGUUCGAGGCCAACGACCUGUUCGAGAGCGGGAACAUGACCCAGGUGCAGGUGUCCCUUCUGGCCCUGGCCGGGAAGGCCAAGACGAAGGGGCUGCAGAGCGGCGUGGACAUUGGCGUCAAAUACUCAGAGAAACAGGAGCGCAACUUUGAUGACGCCACCAUGAAGGCGGGCCAGUGCGUCAUUGGGCUCCAGAUGGGCACAAACAAGUGUGCCAGCCAGGUGGGCAUGACGGCCCCCGGGACCCGGCGGCACAUCUACGACACCAAGCUGGGGACCGACAAGUGUGACAACUCGUCCCUGUCCCUGCAGAUGGGCUACACUCAGGGCGCCAACCAGAGCGGCCAGGUGUUCGGCCUGGGCCGGCAGAUCUAUGACGCCAAGUACUGCCCGCAGGGCCCGGCGGCCGAUGGGGGUGCGGUGGCUGCAGGCGACGGCCCAGCGGAGGCCCCGGAAUACGCCCCCUACCGCCAGGAGGAGGCGAGCCACUGAGCCGCCGGAGCGGGGCGCCUCCCCACAUCACCCUGUCUGCUUCUCGCGUUUUUCUGUUUUGUCUUGUGUUUCUGCUUGUCUGUGGGGAAGGGGCGGAGGUAGAUGGGGGGGGCGGGGUGUCCGCCGGGAGCACCUCCCGCCAGCGAGUUUCCCAGCAGGCUUUGGGCUGGCCUGGGGGGUGGAGGUGUUGGGGGAAGAAACCUGGGCAGGGAGGGGCCCUGCCCCGUAUGGUUUCCGGUCGCCUUUCCCUCUCUUCCCUUUUCUCUGCCGAUCAGUUUGUGGUUUCUGUGCCCACAGAAGAUUUGGGCAGUUUUAAUGAAAGAAAAAUAAUAUUUUUUUGCAGGGGAGUGGGGGGCGGGGUUUGGAGAUGGUGGAAGGGGAUGCUGCCGAGAAGGAAGCAGGUCCCCUGGGAGAGGGCAGGGCCACAGUCCCCAAGUAUUUUAGGUCUUGUGAGGACCUAGCAGUCUCAGACAGUCACCCGUAGCCCCCCCCUCCCCCCCCCCCCAGGGCCUAGCGGAGAAACUGAGGCCCAGGCAGGACAACAGAGUUAUGCCUGGUUGACACAAAGCCAGGCCCGCCCCCCACCCUUCCUCUACUUGUCCCCAUUCCUCUGCCAAGUACUGCACAGGGAUCCCCACCCGGAGGUCCUCCCUGGGGACUGGCCCCCAUCCAGGAACCCUGGGACCAAGAGAUAAUGUGAAAUGUCAACUGUGGACCAAAGGCAAUAAAAACCUCUUUUUAGGAAGAAA